UUACUACGGACUGUCAAUCUGUCAAUCCGCAAAAACCCUGUUGAUAGAAUGACCAAGAAACCAGGCACUGCAUUCUAAGGGCCCACGAAGGUGCAUAACAGUCCCCGUUAGCGGGUGGAACACCAGAGUCCGUCCUUCAGCACUAAGGACAGCCACAGGCUCCUGUUUCUCCUCCUCAGAUCUUCUUACAGGUCUCAAUCCGCACAGAAACUAAUCACCACCUGUACGCCCCUACCUGCCUGCGAGAUGCUUGUAAGAAUUCCAGGUGCCGCAGGUGUGCCUUAGAGCGGGAAGGAGGCGUGCGGGGCACCGGGAGGUGCGGAAUCGAUGUUCGGCUGUGCCGCCGGCGCGGGAGAUAAAACACGGUGUUUGUAAGUGUCUUAAGACAGCCGAAGACAUGAUAGAGGGCUUGGCCCGACUGCGGAGACUUUCCCUCUCCAAGACGUCUUCGGAAGACCUGCCGCAAAGCGUGUCGGGAGGGGAGCACCAAGGGACGAUGGGAAAAAUGUCUCGGAGUCUGCGCAAGUCGCUGAGUCUGCAGAUGAACGGGACGGACCUGCCGUAUGGCGACACGAACGUACCGAGAAACAGACCGCGCUCUGUCCCGGGUGGUGCCGUCAAGGCUUUGGAAUCCAAGAAGUGCGCCAGGGAGGACGGAAGUACGUCACCGCGAGACGUCAUUUCCGGGAGCACGUCAUCGACGCCAUCUUGGAAACUUGAGAGCAGCCAACAUGGCUCCUGUCCGGACCUGACCAUUUCGUGCGGAGGGGGAGGGAAGGGUAAGAGCCCGCCGGUUGUCAUGCGCAAUACUCACCGGAAGCUCACGGCGUCCAUGUCCACAGACGGGUCGGGACGGAACACAGCUGAAGAGGCGAAGCGGAUGACGUCAGACUUCACGCAGGCGCAGGCGCACUCUGCCUCGUCUCUUCUGUCUCCGAAGCUACAGAAAAAGAGCAAGCCGCCCUCCCCACUGCGACUCAUGGCGCACAAAAUGGCGCAUGCCAGGAAGUCCACUUCAUCUGCAGAACCCGACCCUCCAAAAGUUGCACACAGAACCAGACGGUCACCAACGUUUGAAACGAGAAAGAUUCACAACGAAGGACAGAUGAUGUCUAAAACUGGAUCCUGUCCGAAUCUCAUCUUCGUACGAUCGUGCGAGCCAUCGUUCCCUGGGAACGACGGAAACGGAAGUGACGUAGAUGAGCCCGAAAGCUGUGACUCGAGCCCGAACCAGCUCAGCCCGCCCUCCCAUCUGGUGAACGGAUUGGUGAGUCCGCUGGCAAUGGCGAGAAUAAACGACAGGUUUGUGUUCAACGUUGGCGCGAAAUCGAACGCCGGAAACCAGGUCGCACCACAACGAGGCCACCGGAAGUUGGGCCUAUCCAUUUCUACGGACGGGAGCGGCAGGUUCAAGCAAGUUGAGAAAUAUCGUCUAGGGAAGGAGAGUUUAGCACCCAGCAGCUUGUCCAGAAGUACAGGGAACUUAGACAAGAGACCUCCGAGUCCGAAGUCAUCAGCUGUUUCUGAAGAUGUUGAUGACGUUCCGAUGAGCCCUACGUCACCAUUCCGUGACGUCAAUAUCACGGAAGUUCAAGAUCAUCUUUAUAUCGGCGACUUGGAAGCAGGGUACAACGAGCAGCAGCUCUGCAGAUACUCCAUAGACUGUAUCCUUGACCUUUCGAACUUGACCUCUAAGGAAGUGCUUGCUCAGCAGAUUAAAAGAUGUCCGUGUACGUGUCCGAUGGCCAGCAAGCACGCACGCGCGAAGUUGAACGUUCACAUCGAGGACAAGGAUGACGUCGACAUCGAGCCUUAUUUGGAGGAGAUCAACACGUUUAUCGAGUCUGCGCGGAAGAAGGGAAAGCGGGUGCUGGUCCACAGCGUGCACGGGAAAUCCCGCGCAGCCGCAGUAGUGAUUCAGUACUUGAUGACGCACCAGGGUAUGACCUUGAGAGAUGCGUUCCUCAUGUUGAGAAAAUGUCGUCCGAUAGAAAUGGCGAGAGGUCUCUGUACGACUCUGGAGAAACUGGAGGUCCGCCUCUUCGGUUUGGAGAAACCGACGGUAUCGUUACUGAACGAACACGGGCGCAUACAGGCAUGGGCCUGAUACCGUGAAGUAUCGCGAGAAUUUCCGAGACAAUCUGGAAUCUCGUCAAUCAUCGUGAGACUAUUAGCGAGACGCUGUAUAAGUCACAUCAGUUUUUAAAAAAAGGAGAUCUAUAUUACUGAACGAACAUGUUUGCAUACAGGCAUGGGCAUGAUAUUAUCAAGUAUCGUUAGAAUUUCCGAGACAAUCUGGAAUCUCGUCUAUUCUCACGAGACUGCUAGCGAGACCCGUGUCUAAUGCUACGUAAAAUCAGCUUAAAAAAAACCCUUAAGUUUAUAUGGCACUUUGUACUGUAGAUGAUGCCAGACAUUAGGUUAUGGACUACUGAAGAACUGAAUUCACUCGAAUGUUAAUGAUGAUAUUGUCAAAAUAUAGCAGUGUUGUAUAUUCUAUUGUGCAAUGAAAUAUAUUGUGGAAUAUGUUAAAUGGCUUUAAGUUACUAGAAUAGGCCUCAAAAAGUUCCUGCUAAUGCAGCAAUGUUUUUGUCAUUCCGUUUCUCUUGAGGAGUAGUGCAGGUCGAUUUGCAUUAAGACAAUUAUUCAAGAUAUAAUCUAAUUUAAUUCAAUAUGAUCUCAUCAGACUAUUGACUGUAAGAAGACCAUUCUGACUUAAUGCCAACUGUGCCAAAUAUGAUAGAUUCCGUUUCAAAUGGUCUUCUCCUUACGAGGAUGAUUAUCCAGUUUUAACAUAGAAACGUUGAUCCGAAUUCCUGGUGAUUUUGGACUUCAUUGUACAUGUACCGUGCUUAUAGUUCGCUACUGUAUGUGUUCCUUCGAAACCACAAUUGUCUUCUUACUUGUCUUAUGAGAACUUACAAGAAACAAGUCAACGCUACAUAUAACAACAUUUUGGGUGUUUAUACAAUUAUUUUCAGUCUGGUGUUGUCUGAAACAAAUGCGCCUUUUUUGCUCGGUGACAUGUCCACGGUUACGGUCACUUAAGAGACAAACCUCUGUUCUUACUAGGGCACUAGCAGAUUCCACUGGCUAUCAAUCCUAUCUCUAGACGUCAUCUUCACAUAUUUGUAAUUGUAAAUGUGCAUUGCAACAAUCAGGCUAUGAUCUAGGCUAAGUCAUAUUGAGAAAAAAACUCCAAGCCACCGAUGACACAGUAAAGAAAUACCAGGGUUGGACAAGUUCUCUAAAAUUGUCAUAUCGGAAAAGUACAUAAAAAUCUACUUGCCCAAACUAACUUUUCACUUGUCUGGACAUUUCAAUCA